ACGCUAGCAGUUUUUAAAGUUGCACGUGCUUCUUUCCUCGAAGUAUUAGACUAACGGCUUGAAAAAUCACCAUAACGGUAUGAAUACUUUAAACGGAAAAUCUCCUCUGCCUAAACUUGAAAGUCUGUUUUACAUUGUUAUCAAAAAUUAAAUGAAAUUGUAAUAUCAAAAGAAGUGAGCCGCCUCUCAUAAAAUUGAUGCUUUAUUUCGUCUGUUACCAGAUUAUAUACAGACAUUUUAUGCCAAAGUAAAAUAAUUCUUAAUAAAAAAGCAGCUACCUAAAAAUGGUUUUCGUAAAACCAAAUGAAUUUUAAACCAACCAACUAAAAUUCACGCACCAGUUGUGUUAUUUCUAUGACGCACAGUUUAAUAUAGUAAAGUUAGAUAUUUUUCAAUCAAAAACGUCACUGAGUACCAACGCAUCAUGUACAAUUGAUGGUGACUUUUAUUUAUGUGCUUUUUUGAGUUUUCUUUUAUUAGUUUGGCUUACAUGAGUUAACAGCGAUUGCUUUUAGACCUUUCUUAAUAUUGACCUAUAUAUUUUUGUGUCAUAAAUGAAAAUUCGUUGUUGAAGAGUAAUGUUUACUGCAGAAAACUUUGGCCUCAGACAUCAGCUUUAAAUGAAAUUUUUGUCAAUUUUAUUUCUUAAAUAAAUUCUUCACGUAAUUUAUCUCAAAAUGGGUUGCGGUGCUUCAAAUUCUAGUGCUCCAGUUGCGUUUAAAUCGAAGGUCUCGCCUGAGCCCACUUUUGCAGCUGUAGAGCAACGGAGGAAAAGCCGAGUGGACCCUAUCCAGUUGAAAAAUUGGCCUGAGCCUUGUCCUCCGGCUACUUACAAAGAAGAUAUCUUCAAGCAAGAGGAUUUCAAACAGUGGGAUCAGAGGGCACUCACUGUACGGAACUAUGGCAUCCCCAACGAUUUCCUCACACUCUCCAGGUACUUGUGCGACGGUGCCUCGAAUGAACUGAGCAAGGUGCGCGCCAUCUACAUCUGGGUCACAACGCAGGACUGCAAUCAGGUAGACAACUCAGUCCAGGUUGACCUCAACUCCCCUCUGGGAUAUCUGGCUGCACUCAAGCAGGAGAAGGGCUCCUAUGCUGGACUGUUCGGACGCAUAUGCACUGAGUCGGAUGUGCCAUGUGUGACUAUCCGUGGAUUUGCCAAAGGGGUUGGAUACCAACCGGGCCAGAAGAUGGACGCUGGCAAUUUUGGGGCUUCCUGGAAUGCAGUGCUCAUUGAUAAGUACUGGCGACUCAUAGACGUGCAUUGGGGUGCCAGGUUCAUCACAGGCGACGACAAGAAAGACGACUGGAAGCUGAUUGACUCGGACACCUCAGCAGCAGUGGACAAAACCCAAACGAUGACAUACGACUCAGACGACUUCUACUUUCUCUCUGACCCGGACAAACUUAUCUUCAGCCACUUCCCAGACGAACAGAGGUGGCAACUGCUGGACACGCCCAAACAGAUCGCUCAGUUCGAAAGACAGGCCUUCAUAAAGAGACAUUUCUUCAAAUUAGGUCUCAGCAUCAAGUCGCACCCCGACGCCAUCAUCGAGUGUCCCGAGGGAGAAUCGGACAUCCAGUUUGCCCUGCCCAUGCACACUUGGGUCACAUUUGCAUACAAACUGUUCGCCAUCAGUUCCUCAACCGUCGAGAAAAACAUCGUCUCAUCUGCUAGCAAACUGGGCCAGUUUGUUAUUCAGCAAAGCAUGAACAAAAUUAUCUCUUUUAAUCUCUCAUUCCCCAUGACGGGCAACUUUUUAAUCGAGCUCUACGCGACUGCUGAAUCGCUUGAAAAAGAUGCGAAUAAGAGGGCGAGUUACAUGAAUCAUGUUUGCUCGUAUAUUAUUAAUUGCACGAAGGCAAAGCCGGAUUGCGAGGCGUUGCCGAAGACAGCAUCGCUGAAGGGAUUUGGGCCAGGAAUUGACGCAAUUAGGAAAUCCCUCGUGCCUCUGAGCCACCAGAGUGGGGUCAUAAUCACCGCAACAGGUCAAGUUGAGGUCAGAUUCAAAAUGGAAAACGGACUGGUAGACUUCGCUCAUUUCUUACACAGCAACAAAUACGACGACGAGAAGUUGGAAAACUAUUGCGUUCACCGAUUUGUAGACGACGAAGUCAUUUUCUCUGUCAAUUUGCCCUCUAAUGGUGACUUCACCCUGGAUAUUUUUGGAGAACUAGAAAACAAAGAGGACAAUAAAUCUCUUCCUCACAUUUGCAGUUACCUAAUUAGGUGCAACAAGCCAGGAAUAACCAACCCGCCUUUUGCAGCGACCCUGGAUAGCAUGUUUGGAGUCAGAGGCGAAAAAAAGUACAUGGACAAAAAUAAAAUUAAGUUCAACCCUCAAGAUCCAUUUAUUGUCACCGAUUCGGGCGAAGUAGUAAUUGAAGUUGAAUCGGAUCCCUCUAUAACUUUCCAAGGAGCGCUUGAGUACCGAACUCCGGAGGACCAGUCGGAACCUAUGAACGAUCACGUGUUCUUCGAAAGAACGGGAUACGUCGGCAAACUCCAACUUACAUUGCCGAAAGCGGGUUUCUACCGACUCGGUGUUUUCACGCGCAAGAAAAGCAAGCCAGACGCGGAUCCGGUUGAAGUUUUCAACUACUUGAUUAACUGCACAUCAGUGCAUGCAGAUUUAAUUCAGUAUCCGGUGCCUUUUGCAAAUUGGACCGAAGAUUGCGUGCUGUAUGAGCCAAAACAAGGUCUCUUGCCGUACGACGAAGAGAUCAACUUUUCUGUUUCUAUCCCGGGAGCGGAGUCUGUUUUUGUCGUGCGACCUGGCGAAGCGAAUGAAGAAUACGAGAAAGUGUGUCCCCUAACAAGGUCUGCUGAUGAUGAUGAUACUUGGGAUGGGAGCAUCAAAACAGGAGUGAGUACUGGAGAUCUGCAGCUGGCUGUGAUUUACAAGAAUGGAGAUCAUCCCCAGGGUCUGCUCAAAUUCGAGGUACACUUUUUGAAUAUGAAUUCCCAUUAGCAGCCGCCCCAUUACUAAAGAC